CCACAUUAGAAAAACAACUUCCAUCAAAGAAGCAACUUCCGUUAAGAUACCAGCUCCCAUUAGAAAAGCAGCUCCUGUUAGGAAAGCAGCUCCUGUUAGGGAAGCAGUUCCUGUUAGAAGAGUAUCACCCAUUAAAACUCGGUGUACUUCUAUUAAGGAUAAUUUAGAAGAAGAUGGUUUAAGAGAAUAUGGUUUAAGGAAGGAUGUUUUAAGUGAGCAUGGUUUAAGGGAGGAUGUUUUAAGUGAGCAUGGUUUAAGGGAGGAUAAUUUAGGAGAGGAUGAUUUAAGGGAGGAUUAUUUAAGAGAUGAUGAUUUAGAAGAAGAUAAUAGUUAUGCAGAGGCAUCGGAUAGUGAUUUACCCCAAGAACCCUUUACAAAGCUCAAAAAUGCAUCAAACGAAUUUGAAGUUGCCUCAUGGGUAGCUUUUCAUCCAAGGGUUCUAAAUUUGGCCAAUAAUAUCUUUAAUGCAAGAAAAGCUGAAAUCUUAGAUGAAAUGCACCCGAAGACCAUUGAUUCAUACAAUUUAAUACCAGAUCAUUUAGAGAUUAGUAAG